GUAUUUUAGGUACUUGUGAUUUGUGAUAUUUUGUGCACUUUCAUCUGCGUUACAUAUUUCUACGUCAUUACGAAUCUAAUAAAUAAUUAUGUCAGAAAAUUCUGAAAUUUUCACGGCACGUAUGCGAAAAGCCACCAGAAAAAUACAUUCAGUAAGCGAUGCUUUGGUUAACGCUAAGUUUGCUAUCUCACUUAGAGAUGAAGCCGUUUGGGGUGGUGGACUGUUUGUAUUUUACCACAUUUUCUCUUAUCUUGAAGAAGUAAAUAAAAGAAUAAACCUUGAAAACUACGACAAAUUAUUCGUAAAUAAAAUCUUAUACAGGAAACAUGCUUUUGAGGAAGAUCUUUAUCAUUAUUUAGGUGAAAACUGGAGCUCCCUUCCAAAGUCAAUGGCGCUUGAGAAUUACUUGGAGCACCUCCAUAAUCUAGAACACGAGAACCCUCAGCUACUGAUGGCUUACGUGUAUCAUCUGUACUUGGGCUUGCUGAGUGGGGGACAGAUUCUUGCUAAGAAGAGACAAAUGUUUGGAAAUAAAAAUCAAGACACUUACAUUGACAAGGUAACAGAUUUUAGUGGUGUGGAUAUAAGUAAAAUAAAAACUGAGUUUAAAAAUGCCAUGAAUGAAAUUGCUGAGCAAAUGUCAGAGGAAGAAAAACAAGCAUUCAUAGAGGAGAGUAAUCAGGUGUUCCUAAUGAAUAACUUGAUUGUGAAUUCUGUUGGCGGACAGAACAGAGUUCUCUAUAGCAUUCUGUACAAAACAUCCGCAGUAGUUCUUCUUAUUGUAGCAGCAGGGUUAGCUUAUAAAAUGAACAAAUAAAUUAAAGUUACUAAAGAACGCACAUAUUCCUUAUUUAUUAUUGUGAUAGUUUUGAGUUACUACAUAAUUUAGCAUAAGUUUCAAGCAUAUUUAUUAUUGUAAGAAAGUUUUGUUACAUCU